GCUUCAGGCGGCUGGGGCCCUCCUCCACAUCCGUUUUUCCUCACCUGGUGACUGGACGCGCACCGGGACGCCUGCACUCGUCGUCCCUCGAUGAACACCUUCCGUGUCAAUUCAAGCGAAAUUCGCAGAGCGCAAGAUGCUCAGUAGGAGACUACGCUGAAAGCGACGAUGACGACGCACGUAGCUCUGGAGUCGUCCCCUUGGAAGAACGCGGCUGUGGCACCGAACGGGGUCGCGAAUGCCGCCAGGUUGUCGGCACCGGUAUACGAAAACGGCCGUUCUUCCACAACAAAUGUAGACUUUCUUUGGAGGGCAGAUUGCUGCUGCUGCUGCGGGCACGGUGUGCCGGUCGACUUGUUGCUCGAGUACGCGCACAAGAUCCCGAAAGUUGAGCUGCAUGUUCACAUGGAGGGCACCCUCGAGGCGACUCUCGCGAAGGAAAUUGCCACAAAGAACGGCGUUCCAAUGGGCAGUGCAGGCGAGGAGGCAUUCAACGACGACGAAAACGGGAUUGCAUUCGGAGAUCUCAACUCGUUCCUCGCUGCGUACUUUCACCGCGAGUCCGUGCUACGCCAUCGGGAAGACAUCUACAACGUCGUGCUACGCUAUUUCGAGAAGUCCGCAGCCCAGAAUGUGCGGCACAUCGAGCUGCUGUUCGACUUCCAGUCUCCAUUCAGGCAAACCCCGCCACGGGACGCUCUUCAAGGUAUGUAUGACGCUUGUCUCGAGGCGGAGAAGAGGUGGGGUGUAACAUCCCGGCGGAUCCUUUGUUUUAUCCGCAGUUUCCCUCUGAAGAAACACUUGGAAUGUGUGGAGAUGGUGACGCCGUACAUGUCGCUGUUCGACGGUUUCGGUCUCGCCGCGUCUGAACUUGGGCAUGAAAACUACAAAUUCCGCAAGGUGUUCGAUCUCGUAAAGCAGAAGGGAUUUCCGUGCGUUGCACACGCAGGAGAGGAGGGUCCGGCCCAGAACGUCAUCGACGCCUUGCUGCACAACCACGCAGCUCGAAUUGACCACGGCACAUCAGCGGUCGAGGACCCCGGUUUGCUCAAGCAUCUAGUGGCAAAUCAAGUCCCACUAACAGUGUGCCCUCUUUCCAAUGUUUGUCUGGGUGUGUGUAGAAAUCUGGAGGAGCACCCGCUUCUCCGUUGCAUGCCUAAGUGCUCUCUCGAGAGUGAAACGCCGAACGGUGUCUCCCAUGAGGUAUUUCAGAGUCAGAGAGACCGCCUUCGAUGUGAACAACUGGACAAGCUGAAGGCCGCUGACAAGGAUCCAAAGUGCGCCCUCGGAGUGCCUGACCCUGUUCCGUAUGUCGCUGGCCAGCCUGCCGCUGAAGCGAUUUCCCUCGGACCCAAAAGGGUGACAGGGAGCCGAAUCGGCGUUCAGUUUGAAAGUCUCAUCGACCAAGGCCUUCAGGUAACGAUCAACAGCGACGAUCCAGCUUUCUUCGGUGGAGGAAUGAACGAGAAUUUCCGAGGAAUCAUUGAGACAUGCCGGGUGAAGGAGAAUGCCUGUACCGGGAUGGCGGCAGACGACUCUAACGGGGGAACGCCCCUUCUCAAAGAAAGCCUCCACUGGAGACUGGACACGAUCAAAACUGUCGUUCUGAACAGCGUAUACGCUGCUUUCCUUCCUCUUGAGAAGAAGCAGGCACUGGCCCAGGAAGUUGAGUCUUUUGAUGCCGAGUUCAGAAAGAAGCAUCGCAUUGCAACCUGAUGCCUUUACCCGAACUGCCGUAUGUGAACGAAUGCGUCCUCUAGGAUUUUGAUCAAUAAUUGUCAAUGUGCAAGAGCAAGUGCUGCGUACGAAAUCAUAGUGGAUGCAGCGCCGAGCGCCAGCUGUGAAGAGAUAACGACUGAUUUCGUUAGUAUGUACAGAUUGUUCCUGGAAAGGCCCUAAAAUUGAGGGUGUACUUCUCAAGAGUGUUCUACCAUACAGCCUAGUUCAUUCUGUUCUGCUCCCCGUUAGUAACGUCACGACCGUUCACAAGGCGGCUUGUGCGAACCGCCCAUGUGAUGGGUUUUCAGAAUCUGAAGCCUCCAUGCAUAGUGUAACAAUGGUUAAAUGCAGUGUAUACGUAGGUGAUGUGGUUCACGUUGCUUUUCGACUGUGUUGGGAGGACUGAACUUCAGUGGCUCCCUGCAUGAUUUUUCCCUGUUAUGCUAUUCAGCGAAAACGAAGCUGGUGGCUUACACCAGUCGUCUUCUUGCCGUCGGCAUAGUUUUACAAAUACAGGUGUUUUUUAGAGCUACCGCGUGAGUCGACGCAUAACCGAAGCGUUUGGCCCAGAACUGUCCCGAACAGUAGCAGCGAAGUGUCACUGACUGUCGAGGGCGUCUGUGUAGUGUCUCAGAGCCCAUCGAAUCAAGCAGACAAGCGCCGUUGGCCGUCCUCCGAAUACUGCCACUUGUCCUGUGUCGAGUUUCCUCAAAGCGUGUGGUCCGUUACCUUAUUCUGGCAGAAAUCGUGCGUAGCAACGUUUCGAUAGUGUUGCCCGCGUGCAAAACUUAUGUUUGUGAUGCACCACCUAUAGUGCACUACUCCCAACAGCCAAAGAUUCAAUAGGAUAGGCUGAUACGAUAGUGCACACGGAAUGCCUACGUGCCUGCCCACACUCCGCGUGUGUCUGCCUCUCCCUCUGGAAAUCGACGGUUAUUCUGUUUCACAGCCUGAUGUUCGUGUCGAAAUAGAUAGGUCCUUCCCCGUUUAUUCGUCUUGAGUUAUACCAUUAUGAGCAGAUAUGAAAAUCGAGUAAGAUAUGCUUUCGAAUGUAACGAUCUCAUCCGCACUGGAUCGAACAGUGCAACACACCAGUGAACUUACCUAUGUGCAUACCUCAUUCGUUGUAGCAAAACGCCGGCUAUCCCUUCAGAAAUCUGCUUUUCGUGAAGCGCAACAAUUGCAUACUGCCGUAUGCGAGCGCC